GUGAUAAACCAUUCACCUGUACUCAUCCGGGUUGUGACCGUAAAUUCGCGAAUAGCAGUGAUCGGAAGAAGCACAUGCAUGUGCACACCAACGAUAAGCCGUACGAGUGUAAAAUCAAUGGAUGUCACAAGUCAUACACGCAUCCCUCCUCACUUAGGAAGCAUCUCAAGCCGUUAUUUUCUACAAUGCAGCGCUAUUGAUC